GCCCCUUGGAAAUAACUGCAGCUUUCCCUCAUUGUAAUGCUCUGGUUUUCGGAGAGAGAGGAAGGGAAGAAGAAAGGGAAGUCACUGAAUGUGAAGUACUCAAAGGCUUCUCUCAUAUAAGCCCAUCCUUUGACAAAAUGUAAAUAAGUUCCUGAGGUGCUGAAGUAUUUCUCUCCCAUUGCUUGCAAUUGUCUUUCCAAUCUCAUUUCUGCCCAGGGGACCUGUUGCUGAUGAAACCUUUAAAAUGUUGAAGCACUUCGAUGGGAUAGAAUAUAGAAUAUUCUUUAUUGGCCAAGUGUGAUUGGACAUGCAAGGAAUUUGUCUCUGGUGCAUAAGCUCUUGGUAUAUAUACAAGUAACAGAGUGACAAAUCGUCAAUCAUACGAUUCAAUCAUAAAUCAUAAGAUGCAACCAACAAAGUGAUAAGUCAUAAAAUACCAACAGGUGUAGGUAAUAGGAAAGAUAAUAGUGAUGCAAUCCUACUACAUGGUUAGAUAUCCUUUGGCGUAAGGCAGUGCUGUGGGAAUUAUGUGUUUAGCACAGUGAUGGCAUGGAGGAGAAACUGUCCGUAGUUGUUUUGGCAUGCAAUGCUCUAUAGUGGCGUUCUGAAAGGAGAAGUUGAAAUAUAUUAUGUCCAGGAUGUGACGGGUCCGUAGAUAUUUCCUCAGCCUCCUUUCUAGCCUGCACAGUAUAGAAAUCCUCAGCGGAAGGAAGGCUGGUUGCAGUUGCUUCUUCUGCAGUCCUAACUAUCUGUUGACGUCUGUACCUGUCCUGUUUAGUGGCUGUGCAGACACAAACCAGACAGUUUGAGUUACCCAAUUCUAAUUCCUGUUGCAGUUGACAAAUUAACCACACAAGGAAUCCUGUGUAUAAACGUUGACAUCUUCUGCUCCUGUUUUGUGAACAUGUUUGUUUUCAGAUGCCCACAGAAACCAUUUUAAAAAAUCCAGCACAUUCUGGAUACUUCCGGUACCUAGAACAGUGGUGGGAAAAAACGUCCUUGGCUCUGGCACUACCUGCAUUUAAAAUGGAGCCCUGUGUUAAUCUAAUUGAAAUAAGAUUGUGCUAAGUCAACACUUAGUUUGUGUGAUUCACACAACUUGCUAAUCAAAACAAUCUGUUUCGAAUUAGAAUUAUGACGAACUAGGACAUUUUGCUUUAUUCAGUAAAUUGUGGUAAAAAUCCUGAAUUAAACUGUAUGAAUAUAGACGUGUAGAAGAAAUGUUUAGCUGUGGCAUCAAAUCUGUAGUCUCUGUAGUAUCUUCAUAGUGUAAUUUGUUUUGGCAUGAUCAAAAUGUCCUUGCUGGCAGAAUAAAUUAAUACAAGUCUUGUUUUUUUCAUUAUUGCAUUGAACUUGAUGAAAAGAUCUGAAGUGUGAAGCCCUUGGUGUAUAUGUAUAUACAGGUAGUCCUCGAGUUACAACCACAAUUAAGCCCAACAUUUAUAUUGCUAAGUGAAACAUUUGUUCAGUGAAUUUGUCCCAUCCUACGACUUUUCUUGCCUCAUUUGUUAAGUGAAUCACUGCAGUAGUUAAAUUAGUAACACGGUUGUUAAGUGAAUCUGGCUUCCUCAUUGACUUUGCUGGUCAGAAAGUCGCAAAAGGGGAUCACAUGACUCCAGGACACUGCAACUGUCGUAAAUGGGAGUCAGUGGUCAAGCAUCUGAAUCUAAAUCACGUGAGCCAUGGGGAUCCUACAACCGUCAUAAGUGUGCAAAAACGGUCAUGUCACUUUUUUCAGUGCCACUGUAACUUUGAACGGUCACUAAAUGAAUUAUUAUAAGUUGAGGACUACUUGUAUAGCUUAGGUUGAAUUAUGAAUUAAUUUAAUUAAUUCAUUUAAUUAUUAAUUAAUUAUUUAUUUUGUAUCAUGAGCACUGUGGUUUUUAUUGCCUUGUAAAUUGCCAUGAGUCUGAAUUGACAAUAUAAUCAUCAUCUCUUUAUAGAUAGACACGUGUAUAUUUUUGUUUUUACUCAUUGUCUUUUUUUAUCUAAUUGUAUGUUUUGAUGAGAUGGGUGGUUAUAUAAAUUUGAUUAAUAAAUAAACUGUUAAUUCAGAAGCGAACAUGGCUGAAGCCAUCUUUUGCUGCCUCACAGUUGCCAUGAACCUUGAGAUGGGAAAGGGGGCGGGGGGAGUAGAUAGACUGGCUACCAGUCAAAACAAAAAGUUUUCUUGUGGGAACCAAGGUCAUUUCAACAGGUGGCCGUUGAAGGGGGACAGGAGUGACCAAGCAGAUUGCCAGCUAUAUUCAUUGGACAAUGUGACAGGUGACAUCUGGGAGGAGGAACUUUUGCUCUUUUAAUUAGGUGAAAACUUGUCGUGUCCCACUCCUCCGCUGACGGCCUGGUCAGGGAAAUCCGAAUCAGGUGUGCCUCUGCAGCUCUGCCAAAGUCCUAGCAAAGUCCUCAGGGCAGGCAGGAGACCAGAAAGUGACUUCAGCAAGAUAUGUUUAGACUUUGCCUGACUCAGAGAAUGCCAGAAAGCAGAUCCUUUAUAUAGGCCAUGGGGUGUGGCUCCAUGACUCAGCACUUAUCCAGGCCUGCCCCUCCCUUCCUUCUGACGCCGCCGCCUAUCAAUCCUUCUGAAGCGAGGGUCACUCCAAUCGGCAGCUGUUGGUAAUUGACCUUCCUCAGGCUCACAUGCUGUGGAGGAGGGGGAGGGGUCUAGUUGCUCCGUUUGCCUGGGCAUGGAGCCAGAGCUGGAGAUACUUGCUCUUCUUCAGCCUGUCUGGGCAUGGAGCCAGGGCUGGGGCCGGGAGAUGCCCCCUCCUCAGCCUGUCUGGGCAUGGAGCCAGGGCUGGGGCCGGGAGGACAUUCUUCAGCGUUCGGAAGCAGAUAAGCAGACCCCGGCUGCGGUGAGAGCGGGCAAGACACAACAAAACUGCAGGAACUUUUAGAGUUGAUUUUCACUGGCUGUGCUGAUAUGAUGUAUCCAAUAAACAUGCUCUUUGAGGAAUCUACAUGCCUCGGGAGUUUUGCUUUUGGUGGGUGCAUUACUCGGAACGCUGACAUAAACAUAUAAAUAAAAGACUCUUUAAUUCAGGUUAGUGUAAACCAUGGAUGAGAGUUCAACCCAACGAUGCCAUAACAUGUAACAUAGACAUCACAGAAAUAUGAAAAUAGAACAAAGAAAGUUCUUUGUUGACAACCAAUUUCAGAUAAUAACAUAAAUUAAUCAUGCUUCUGCCUUAACCAUGAUUUAAUAUUACAUAUUUGAGUGUAGACUUAAUGCAUAACUUAUUUUGUCUAUUGGAUCUGUAUUUGACGUAAUAUUUGUGUCUAAGAAGCACAACAGAGUUCUUUCUCAACACUGCUGAUAAUUAGGAAGUUUAAUCUCUUUUGGGAAUGCUUGUCAUAUUUUUAUCUAGCUGUGGCUUAGGGUUAAUUGCUGGGAGAUAUUUUAAUGUUUUGUACUGUAAGACUAUUUAUCCUCCUUAGUUUUCAUUUAUCUUAAAAGAAUGUGAAAUUGACUGUUGCUGAAUUAAAUUAAAGUCUUCUCUAAUGUGGUAGCCCUGAAUUCGGUCGUUUUUAAGAGUGCUUAUUUUUAUAAUACUGUAUUACUUUGAAAAUGCUUGUUUGUACUACCUGGAGUUCCUCCAUAUCUACAAUUAGUAAAUUAAGUGGUGUAGUCUAAUUUAUUUUGACACAGUAUGUUAAUUUUUUUCUGCCUUUGAUAAACAGUUUAACUUUGGAUAAACUUAAUGUGUUACGUGAAAUGUUAAUUUGUUGGUCUUGUUUUGAGACAGACUAUGUGAAAUUUUUCUCUUCAAGCUGAUAUUUUCUUGUUCAGGAAACCUCUUUGGGACUGAAAAGUAUUCAGGCUAGCAAAACACUUAUAAAAAGCAAGCAUGGCUGUUGUUCAGUCUUUACAGAAUGAGAGCUUCAGAAUGCUGGAGGAAAAGAACAUUUUCAGCUGAACUCUCAUCUAUCAACACUGGCAAAUAUUCACAAGAUUUAUCAUACUCUUAAUAGGCUGAAUUUGACAGAAGAUACUAGUCAAGACGAUCACCAAACAGGUUUGUCUCUUUUUCCUACAUUCCUACAUUGCAGGAAACCUGAGAUCUUGCAGUUCAUCAGACAGCUUUAGCAAAGUGAUGCCUCCAAGAAAAAAAAGGCGACCUACAACAGGAGAUGAUCUGACAGCUAAAAAAAGUAGACAUGAUGGCAUGUACAGAAAAUAUGAUUCUACCAGAAUAAGGUCAGAAGAUGAUAUGUUUUCAAGUAAAAGGUGUUUAGAAUGGUUCUAUGAAUAUGCAGGAACAGAUGAUGUUGUGGGUCCUGAAGGAAUGGAGAAGUUCUGUGAGGACAUAGGGGUUGAGCCAGAAAAUGUAGCCAUGCUUGUGUUGGCUUGGAAAUUGGAUGCUCAGAACAUGGGCUAUUUUACAUUGCAAGAAUGGCUAAAAGGAAUGACAUCCCUGCAGUGUGACACAACAGAGAAGCUAAGAAAUUCUUUGGAUUACUUGAGAUCUUUAUUAAACGAGCCUAUGAAUUUUAAGCUUAUUUAUAGAUAUGCAUUUGACUUCGCACGUGAAAAAGAUCAGCGAAGCCUAGAUAUGAAUACUGCCAAGUGUAUGCUAGGACUUCUCUUAGGAAAAACAUGGCCCCUCUUUCCAGUAUUUCAUCAGUUCUUAGAGCAAUCUAAGUACAAAGUUAUCAACAAGGACCAAUGGUGCAACGUUCUGGAAUUCAGCAGAUCCAUUAAUCUUGACCUCAGCAAUUAUGACGAAGACGGAGCAUGGCCAGUGUUGCUGGAUGAAUUUGUGGAGUGGUAUAAAGAGAAACAAAUGACAUAGGAAUUUUAACUAUGCACAGCUGCUCAAGAGCCUUUGUUACUACAGUUAAUGUCAACCAUUAGCCAUAAACUUCUCUUUGUAUAUAAAGCGCAUGCGGCUUUUCCUGCACUGUAUCCCAUUUUCAGGGAUUUUUUUGGGUGUUUGCUGUUUAACAAGCCAACUCUGCUUGCUGUGUACCAUGCUCUGCAUUUUGUCUCUACGCUACAGAUGGUGAACUUGCCAGCAUCCUCACUGUGACUAAUGUGAAUAUUGCUGUCUAAACUUUGUAUAUGUGUAUAAAAAAAAAAAAGCUUCAUCUAGGAAUGAUUUCAGCAGGAAAGGUAUUAUAAAAAUAAUUUUGUCGCAUUCAAGUAACCAUGUAACUUAAUUUUUAAUUGACUUGGUCUCGGGCAUAGCAUUUCAGGGAAAGUGAUGGGGGGGGAGGGAGGGGUUUGCCUAGGUAGAACUAUUGCUAGUAUAGUAAUAGUUGUUUUUGGAUGCCAGUUUUUGAAAGAAAAUCUUGUGGUAUGGUUUCCUUGCCAGUGCCCAGCUUCAUUUUUAUUUAAUAAGCAAUUAUUGGCUACCAUUUUAAUUGAAACUCCAUAAAUCGUUACAGCUUGAACAGAGUUGUAGAUGCCAUAGUAACUUCCAUUUGGUGAUAAUGCUGAUUUCCUAAUAGUCAGAUGCUGUAGUUUGCUAAGAGGUACAGGUGAUUGAAUUAAACAUCCGAUUAAAAAGGGUUUUAGACUUAUAACUUGGCAUAUUCUUUUAUUUUACUGUUAUUCUUGUUCCCAGAGUGUUUUGAUGAUUUGGAUAAAGACAGAAUGAAGUCUUGCUUCAAAACACAGCCUAAAUGUAUGAAUGUAUUUCAGAGACUGGAAUCAAAGCUUAGCUUGAAAACUCGGCAUGGCUGCGUUUAUGUUCCAGGGAUUGAAUUUCCUGGCAAAAUGCCAAUUACAAGUAACAUCUAAUCAAGCAGUAUCACUAUUUAUUUGGGAUCAUUUUAUCUGUUUGGACUGGAAAGUUCAAAGAAGUAGAUGAAUGAAGUAACUUCCUGUGUCACCUUUUCAUCAGUCUUCAUAAUACAGUUCAAUGUAUAUUUCUAUAUUUUUUUUUUACUAAGGUAGCUUAUAGACUUAUUGAAAAUGCAUUCAAAAAUCCAUUGGUCUUUGUUCAAUCAACCAAGAGUUCAUUGUGAAAUGUGCAAUAAAACAUGAGCUUGCCUUUUCUUUUACAGAAAGUUAAAGCUACAUGAACAUUCAGAAUUUAGGAAUAUAAAUUAGCAAUAGCAAUAGCACUUAGACUUAUAUACCGCUUUACAGUGCUUUAUAGCCCUCUCUAAGUGGUUUACAGAAUCAGCCUAUUGCCCCCAACAAUCUGGGUCCCCAUUUUACCCACCUUGGAAGGAUGGAAGGCUGAGUCAACCUUGAGCCUGGUGAGAUUUGAACUGCCAAAUUGCAGUCAGUCAGCAGUCAGCAGAAGUAGCUUGCAGUACUGCACUCUAACCACUGCACCACCAUGGCUCAUCCAAAUUAAGCUUAAAAAACAAAUUAGUACAAACCACUUAUUUUUAUUUUCAAAGUUCUGAAGGUAUUUUUAAAGAAAAAAAAUCAUGUAUAUCAUAAACACGUAUAGCUUCUUUAGGAUUGGGUUACUUCUAAAGAAACAAAAUAAGAAAAAUAAAGGACUGGAAUCCAAAGAGAUCCACAUGCAAAUAUAAAUUCUGCCCAGAACAGGAGCUGUUGAAAUGGCGCUUUUUUUUUUUAAUGAAUAGGGCAGAGCUACACAAUCUGUUGACCAGGUAGUAAGACUGGAAAUGGACGCAGUUACAGUACUUAGAUGGACUUUUCACAGGCUAUCAUUUCUGUUGUCCAUUCCCCCCCCCCAAAAAAAAGUAGUGCUGGAAGUUGGCUGUGCCAAUCUCUGUUGACAACAGGCAGGUAAUACCAUGAGCCAGUGUGUGCUCCCUCCAAUACCUCCUGAGCUACGUUACUAUUUAGUAUAGCCAUAGUCAAAACUUGAUAACUAUCCAACUGGGAAGAUACAAAUACUAGAUUACAGGCUAAUUUUGUUGAGACAUAAAAGGACUUUCAGUAAUAAAGGUAACAGCCAAAGAACUUUAUGAGAUCUAGUUUUGAUAAAGAAAAGUAUAAGGUUAACAAACUUGUGUCUAGUUCAUUCUUGGGACUGAUUCUCACUUUUUCUAUUUACAUGUGAAUAUUAGUAUAUAAAGCAAAAACACCUGAUCAAGUGGUAGAGAGCAAGAAAGGACAGCUUCAAAAUUGUACUGUCUUCCAUUUAAAAAUGAAGGAUCCAUUGGGUUCAGUUAAAUAAUGGCCAAGGGGCAGAAACUGCAGUCCGUUUUCCUUUGUCCGUGACAGGCCUCUUCUGUUUAUCUAUUUAUGACUCCUAUUACAAAGUUGAUCAAGAGACUUUUGCUCUCAACAAUCAUACACACCCACACCCAGAAUUGGCCUUGCCUCUAAAAGCAGGCUCAUCUAAAACGUAAUUAUUAAGGACACUCUGCUCACAACUUGUGUGAUAUACAAAGGAAAAUGAGAGAAAGAUCCUCUUGGUAUAUGGGUCAGAAUUGUAUUUUUUGAGUUUUUGAAAUUCUGACCUUAUUUAACCAAUCAUGCUCAGAAUAGCCCUGAUUCCUUGUGUUUGUGGGGGGGGGAUGGCAUUUCUGGAGAACUGUUACGUAAUGCUGUCCGAGUAAAGUUAAUUAAAGUUGUUCGUUUUUCAUACAUUUUGAAUUUUUGGCAUCUUUUAAAAUAGUAUGAUUGAUUUUGUUGUUGUUAAAGGCAAAAAAGGCCGUAUGUUCAAUUGGUUAAAGCUGAAAAUAUCUUUUCUAUAGAAAUGCUAGCAAGAUGUGUGUGCAUUAUUCUAAUGUGAAAUUCUUAAAAGAUAAGCUUUUUAAAUGACCAAGUGAAUAAACAUACAUGAAUGGUCGAAUGUCCCAUAAUAAGACUGUAUAUUGUCCAGUACCAAAGACUGAUGAAUCUUUUAUGCUUUUUACCUUUCAGGAUCAGAAAUGGUAUUAUCAAUUCUAAUACCUACUAUUAUUUUUACCAUUUUCUUUUUGGGUUCGGGUCAGAUAAAUUCAAAUUGAAUACUGAAAAUGUAACCAUCUGAAAACUUUGGUUUGUACAAAACCAAAUGAUCUGUGCUUUUUGUAAAUGUGAGGAACAAAAUUGUGAAAGCGUUCCAUAAAUUUACUAUAUAUAAAUUUACAUAAAGCAUUUAAUUAAACGUGAAUAGUUUCCUGCUUUCCUUUUUAAACAAUUCAUAUCAGUCUCAUGCUGAGACUUCAGAUAUUUUUUACUACAUACACACAUUUAUCGUUUUAAUUCUGUGCUUGUUGUAAAAUUUUCUCCUACUCUCUUAAGUAUUGGCACUUUUCCCCCCCUUAUCGCUUUUAGAGAAACCAGCAUAUAAUAAUGUUGUUGAAUUCAUAAUGGGAGAACUUCUAACAAUACUUAAAUAUUUGGUAAUAUUUAAUUACAGAUUCUUAAGUGCUUCAUAAUCAAUAAUAAAGAUCUGGUUUGUGUCUGAGUAAAUGGCAAGUGUUAAAUACCUACUGAUAGCCUUAAACUUUGUCCUCCUCAGAUGGUUGUGUAAAUGAAAAGUUACUUUACUGAUUUGCACUGACUUUCUUGGAAACUAAAAAAAAUGUGUUCUGUAACACCCUGUUGUGACAGAUGCAGUUUAUCUGCUUUUUUUUCUUUAAAAUUUCCAUAUGGCAUACCUGAAGGGUGCACUUUGGCUUACUGCAGUUGUGUUACCUCCUUGGAAUUUGAUAGUGUAGUUGUGUACAAAUUAUACUAUCUCGCUAAUAAAAACUUGAUUCAGUCUUGAUAAACAUGCAUUUAAAAAAAAAAUCGUUUUUGAAACUUGGCAACUGCAAAGUCCCAACGUGUGGACUUCAGUUCCCAGAAUUCCCCAGCCACUUCCAGGAGUUGAAGCCCAUACAUCUUAAACCUUCCAAGUUUGAAAAAAAUAUAUAUUACUCUAGGGAUAUGUGUGUUGUGCCUACAGCUGUCUAUGCCAGCUCAUUUUGCCCAAGGAGAGAGCAGGAAUUGGUCAAUCCCAAGGUACCUAUAUAGGAUGUAAUUUGAAGAUCACAAGCUAAAUCUGCUUUGUGUUCCGAAUGCUUCUGACUCAUGAGUAAUGUUUCAGCAGCUACAUAACAGAACACUGUUAUUACACAGGACAUGGGUAGUUGGAAGAGAGAAUCGUUUUAGAGCUACGUACAUCCCCAUGUACCACAACUUUGGGGGCAAUUCAGAGUUAAGAAACAAAACAGAUCAAUUUAUAUUGUUUAUUUAAAUGGACAUUUUGCAAAUACACUGGAGGACUUCCUUUGGCACUUGGAAAUCCAAACUUCAGUGACAUGAUGAAAUCUAAGGCAUAAAUGCAGUCUUUAAAAACCCUGCUUUAAAACAUACACAACAUAGCGCAGUUUAACAAUUAAAUUAAUCCAUUUUAUAUAAAUUAUUAGUAGCAAACCUCAAAUAAGAACAGCACCACAGUAGAAAAAUAAAUUGGUAAAUGAUGAUCAUUCAGUUUAAUUUUUAACUGAAUAUUAUUUAUUAAAUACCAUUAAUCAUAUCAAAAAGAUUCUGAAUUUUGUUCUGUUAUCUAUUAUGUGCCUAUUGAUUUGAAUAAUAAGACCAGAAGCUUUAAGUUAAUUGGAAUAUUAACACUCAUUCUAAGCUGUCAGUAUAACGCUGCAAAACAGCAAAAAUAUUCCUCUACCAUAUGCUCCAAGAUUUAAAAUGAAUAGGAUGUAGCAAUGUAUAAUGUUUCAAUCACAAUAUUUCAUUAAAACAGCUGAUCCCAUUAAUGCCUGGCCAAUGUCCUCCCCCACAAAAGCAUGAGGAAGAAUUUAUCCUAUAAAUCUGAAGAUUAAAUUUAGAAGAGUUACCUCAGAACUUAAUAGAACUUCAUAGGAGUGUUAAAGCAGCUAUAUCUGUUUCCCAGUUCACUCAGCUGCAGUUAGGAAACUUUGGAGGAGACUUCUGCAAUUGCCUAAAACCUGGGAAUAGGCACAGUUGCUUUAAUGAGACUCAGACAGAUGCGGUUGUUACACUCUUCAUUCUGAAACACUUGAGCAUUCCUAUUCAUCCAAUCCUCACAACAGUACACUGUUGUGAAGUACUUCAAUACCCUGCUGAGAAAAUGUUCAAUAUAUGUAUGGGCUUUUUAUUAGUACUGCACAUUGGUUUAAUAAGGAGAUUAUAUGUCUUAUGAAUCCAGUAUUAAAUAUUAGAACCUGGCACAGCAAACCAGUCACUUUAUUUUUCCUUUGUAAAUAUCUGGGACCCAAAAGUUUCUUUCAAAAUCUUAACUGCAAUUCGUUUUUGUUUCAUAUGGCCUGUUGAACCCAUAAGACCAAAUUAAUAAUAAUUUUAAAAUGUAUUAGUCUAAUCAAAAGCAAACCUUGACAUGUUUAUAUAUUCCCACAUAUAUCCUGUGAAUUUUGAUGAGAAGUAUAUCCCAUUGCUGAGCUAAAUAUUUCAAAUACUUCAUAUACAGGAAGUCUUGACUUACAACUAUUCGUUUAGUGACUGUUCAAAGUCACAACAGCACUGAAAAAAAGUGACAUAUGACUAGUUUUCACAUUUAACAACCACUGCCGAAUCCCAACGGUCACGUGAUCAAAAUUUGGACACUUAGCAACUCGUUUUUGACAGUUGCAGUGUUGUGAUCUUUUGACAAGCAACAUCAGUGGGGAAGCCAGAUUCACUUAAAAGCUGUGUUACUAAUUUAACAACCAGUGAUUCAUUUAACAACUGUGGCAAGAAAGAUCAUAAAAUGGAGCAAAACUCAUUUACCGACUGUCCCUUAGCAAUAGAAAUUUUGGGCUCAACUGUGGGCAUAAUUCAAGGACUAUCUAUUCAUAUUUGAAAGCACCCUUUUAAGGGAAAUCAUUAUCUACAUGUAUAAUACGUUAAAAUGUAAUUAUGAACAAUUAAAUACAAAACAAUUAAGAUAUCCAACAUCAAAUAUUAGAAUUUGUCAAAGCUUAGUGGCAGAUACCAUUUCUGUGGUUAACAUUUUUGUUGUUAAACUUAAAUUUCCAUUGUGACAUUAAAGCACUGUUUCUUAACCUUGGCAACUUUAAGACAUCUGGACUUCAGAAACCCUGCAUUAAUACAGUCCGUAACAAAAUA